ACACACAUAAUCUUUGUUUACCUUUUCAUCAAUACCGUGCUCGUACUCGUCCAAGUCUAGACUAAGGAAGGCCCCCCAAAGUUUCACUUUUUGACACACAGGGACUUUAUCAUCAUCAUGUCUUCUCACUUUAGUGCAAACCAGUAUGAACAAGCAUUUGACAGCAGGAGGCUGCAGAACUUUCAAAUCCCUAAAACGUACAAAGAGAGACCAUCAUCCUACGAGGGCUUCACUCAAAUCAUUGCCACUGACCGCGGCCAUCUGAAACCAGGCGUGCCAAGAUCUGAAGAUUCCCCAUGGGGUAACUUUGUCGGGACGUGGGACAUGCCAAAGAAGAUUCCAGGCAAUGUGACUACGUACAUGGCUAGAGGUGAUCCAGCCGUUGAGAAUAUCAAGAAGACAAGAGCAGAGCACAAUGAAUAUAUGAGACAAGCAGUUUCACCGGACAAGACUCUAUCACUUGAACCUAAGCCACAAGUUACUAAAGCUGCAGAAGAUGGUAGACCGUGUAAUCCAAGCCCAGAAGCACUAGCAUCAUAGAAACGUAAUCACUACUUUGCCAUGAUCCUCGUCAUCAAUAUAUUGUAUCUUCGUUCUAUGAUGGCUAUUGUGUGAAGUAAAAAGGACUAUCUUCUCUUUUGUAAUGUAGAUUUGUGAAUAAUGCCAAAAUCUUCUUAAACAGUUACCAUGGAGAUACGAAUGUGAUUUAUACCUCAUUUUGAUUGACACUGCCAGGCAGAGAAAGUCAAGGAUUCUAUGAAUAUGUUAAGGAGACAAGCAUACUACGGUGGUCGUGUUGCGGACUGAAAUUAAUGUAAUACACAAAAAGAAUGGAAAUUUUGGUAUUGCAUAUGGUGCCUGAGCUGUUACAAAAAUAAAAACAAUCAAUCUUACAAUCAAUUAUGAAUUUUGAUUUCCUGAAUUACCAUAGACCAGAAAUUAAUCUUUUUUUAUAUAUUAUAUGGCCCAGGUGGCAUACAAUAAAUCAUGUACUUUCAAGGUCUAAGAAUCAGGUAGUUCUAUCCAAAUGAAUACCUGCUUAAUAUCCCAGUGUCAAUUAUUCAUUGGCAGUUUUUAAUUUUCAUAAUUAAGAAGGUCAAGGAUAGUUUACUUGAAAGCUCUGUCCCCUUUCUUGCUUUCUCUCCCUUUCUCUCUGUAGUUAUCCUUUCAGUGAUGUGGUAAAUAAAUCAUAAUUUUUUAAAUCCUCACUUAUUGUAAUACUUGAAGAUUAAUUAUGUAAAGUGUUUGGGAAAGAUUAAUGGCAUGAUGAUGAUGUCUGAUUCUCUUGCUGUCGAAACAGGCACAUCUGCCUUAAUUUGCAGAGGAAAUUUGAACCAUAUAGCAGGAUUUUAACCCCUUCCAAGUUUUCUUUUCAGUUAAUUGUUCAAUGUCCAUGUGAAGAUCUGAAGAAAAUGUGUAGUUUGAUCUUCAUCGCCUAACACAAUGGAUAGCGAUUAACCAUAAACUUGAUUUUCAUGGUUAAUUCUACAUUGUAGUCAAUGCAAUCAAUUGUGAAAAAUAUGUUCUAUGAUGAUUGCUAAGCUUUGUGGUACGAGCCACAGAUUAUACGUAAAUCACCAAAAGGAAUUCAUAUCGAUUUGUGCAUUUGGCUAACUAAUAUAAUAUUUCACAAUUUUUCAUAGUAGUUUUUUGGUGGGAAAUUAUCUUGAAAGUCAGAUAUUUUCUAUGAAUAAUGUGCUUUGUGAAUGUUUUUCUAGUGUCGAUUUCAGGAGAAAAUUUGCGCCUUACAUAAUCAUGCAUAAUAACCUAUAUAUUAUCGGUUUGACCAAGGUCGUGGAAUCAUUAUUUCAUUUUGAAAUUAUGAUGCCAUCUGUUUGCCCAUGCAACUCUAAGUUACAGCCAACUAAUGUAAAAUUUGGUAUAAACUAUGAUGGCACCAUAAUUUCAGUGAUAAAUGCAAAUGGUUGAAAGUAUGGUAUCCUUUCUUAAAAGAUUUAUCAAAGAUUAAAGCAUUUGGUAUGAAUAUUGUGUAGAGAAAUAAAUGACAACAAAAAAUGUUGGUCUAUUGUGCAUAAUAUAAGACAUUACAAUAAAAAAAAAGAACACGAGUUAUGUGUAAAAAAAAUAAUCAUGUAAGUUAUGAAUUGUCAUGAAUAUAUGAAUCAUUUGUUUCUAUUCUAACAUGUUUUCUACAUUUCUAAUAUUCAACUAUUUUUUUUCUUUGGAUAUUGUAACUGUAUAUUAGCUUGUAAAUAUAUAAAUGGUGUAAAUAAAAUGUUUAAAAAUCUU